AUGUCUCUCAAGCGCCCUCUGAACGCGACAGGGGCAGAUGGGGACCGGGGUCAAAACGGGAAUCUAUGGUCGGAUGAUGACCCGCGUGUGCAUGCGCGGCGUUCGGGCCCUGAUAUGGGCACCAGGACAAGAAGUACGACAGCCUACAGCGGCACAGAGUUCUCUUACCAAGAUGAACUCAUAUCAUCAAAUGCCUUUGGUGGACCUGGACCGGAUAUCAUGUUUGAUGAUUCAUUCGACCUUUCCUCUACUGCGUUUUUCGAUUCCAGCCAGCAGCAGUUGUUCUUGGGGCCUCCAUCUGCACCUGGGAGCAAUGCGUUCAGCAAUACAUCGUAUACAUCAACCCCUGUGGGAUUCACUACAGACGGGGACGAAAACGCGGACAUUGAUAUGAGGGACGCAGAUAUGGCAGAUUCGAACAGCGAACUGAUUUGCUACGGGGUGAUAAUCAACGAAAGAGUCCGCCUCGUAGGAAAAGGCGCAACUCUGCAAGAAAAGAUCGUGAAGCUAAAAGAAAGCAGCAUCAAUAUCGAACCCGGACGGCCCCAGAGCUUCAGCAUCGAGCGGUCCACCGAGAACAGCCAGCUUUUUCUGAUCUUCCCGGACGGGACCCAGUUCGGGUAUCUGAGCAAGAAAAUGACCGAGGCGAUGGACGGUCUGCGGUUAGACCUUGAAGCGUUCGCACCGCUUAAUGAGAUCGGGGAUGCUGUACUGCGUGCUGCGAAGGCGGUUGAUGCGAAGUUUCGUGCGAAUAUCAACAUAUAUGGGCUGGAGGCUAGUAGGGAUCGCGUGGGGAGGGCACUCUCGUCGGGUGGGUUAUUUCUCCAGGCUCCUGAUGUUUGGAGGCGAGGUGUUCGAUAUGAUAAUCCGCAGAUGCUACGGAUGGAGGGGAUGGAAGAUAGUGAGGCUGAGGAAGUAGAAGAAGUAGAAGAAGAGGAGGAGGAGGAGGUGGAGGAAGUUACAGAGGAGGAAUCUGGAGAGACAGUCGAGGACCCGCCAGAGAUAAACCAGGAUUUCGAUGACACUAUGGCCAGGAUUUUCGGAUCAUUACAGCGCCAGAAUGACCUGCAUAGAGUCGAAGGAGGCGAAAACCUGAGUAGUAAGCUAUAUGAACAUCAGGAACAGGCCCUGGACUUCAUGAUACAACGCGAGACUGGGAAUAUCUCGGAGGACUACCGUCUGUGGAAGCCUGGAAUGGUACAUGGGGAGCAAAAGUUCUGUCAUGUCAUUGUUCCCAAUCUCCACCAGCCAGAGAUGCCAGACGAAAGUGGAGGGGGAAUUCUCGCCGAUGAGAUGGGAAUGGGAAAGUCCCUCACGAUGCUGGUUCUGAUAGGAAAGACCAUGAGAGACGCGCGUCAGUGGGUUGAGGAGGAGAAAGCCCUACCGGACGCUGCUCUCUCAGAGAGACCCUGUCGAGCAACUCUGGUUAUUGUUCCUUCGCGCGUGCUGAUUACCACCUGGACGAGAGAGAUUGAACGGCACUUAAACGGCUCUCUGGAUUACUUGCUAUACCAUGGCCGAGCACGCAGCGAAUCUGUAAACAAGAUCGAAGAGAAAGACAUCGUCAUCACCACAUAUAACACACUAGCCAAGGAACACAGCGCAAAACUUCUUGGACAGGGGAAAAGCCCGCUGCACGAAAUCAAAUGGCACAGAAUUGUGCUCGACGAAGCACACUGGAUCCGCCGUCGAGAAACAACCUUCCACAAAGCUGUCACCGAGCUCAGUGCAAAAUCACGAUGGUGUCUCUCAGGCACACCAAUCCAAAACAGCCUGGCUGAUCUGGCAUCCCUCUUGGUCUUCAUCCAAGUGCGGCCUUUCCAAACGCAGCGACACUUCCGCUACCAUAUAUCCCAACCAUUCGAAGACAAAGCACGAAAGCAAAUGGCAAUCCAGCGCCUAACAGACCUUCUCGAGGCUAUAUGCCUCCGAAGGACAAUAGAAAGGGCCAACCUGCCCAAACCACAAGAGGAGACGCGGACCGUCAUAUUCACACCCGAGGAGCGCGAACAGUACCGACUCACCAACGCAGACAUGGAGCGUUACUUUGCACAGCAGCCGAGCGAAUACAAGGAGCGCGCAUCUGCAUUCGGCAUGUUCCAGAUUUUCCUUCAGCUGCGUAGCUUCUGUAACCAUGGGACAUACCAGCCCCGGUUCUCCUGGGCAAAGCGUAAUUUCCUGGAUCAAGAGGCAGACGAUGUUCGCUCGUUGACGAGGACGAGCUGGGACCGCUGCUUGGGCUGUAGGCAGCCUUUGCCGAUUAUCACGCGGGAACAGCCCCAGUACGUCGAGAAGUGUGGGCAUGUCCUGUGCGAGGACUGCUGUAAAGGCAGCAACCGUGUGCGAGCCGACGGGAGAAAGCACUGUCCGCUAUGUGAAUCACUCCGGAACCCUCAUUGGAAUAACGCCCAUGACAGCGGUUUCCUACAUAAAGAGGGAUACUCAUCUAAGAUGCAAGCCCUUAUUGAAGACGUGCAGAAGGAUAUUGACACGACGCAAAGUAUAAUCUUCUCGUGCUGGACACGAACCCUGGACUUGAUAGGGAAACAUCUAAGGAGAGCAAGAGUCCCUUUUGCUCGCAUUGACGGCAAAACACCAUCAGGGUCACGCCAAAGUAUCCUUGACAGUUUUGACAGCACCAGGUCUGUGCGCGUAUUGAUCAUGACAACGGGAACCGGUGCUUUUGGGUUAAACCUCCAAUCAGUAAACCGAGUAUUCAUUGUCGAGCCCCAGUGGAACCCCAGCGUGGAAAGCCAGGCCGUUGCUCGGGCUAUCCGUCUAGGUCAACACCAGCAGGUCCGAGUUAUUCGGUAUCGGGUAGAGAAUAGCAUUGAGGAGCGCAUGUACACGCAACAGGCGAAUAAGCAGACCCUCAGUAAGAUGGAAUUCGGGCGAGAGCUGCUAGCAGGUCAGCAGGAGGGCUCCGAGGAUAUGCCUAUUAUAGACUGUCAGCAUGUUCCUAGUGCUGACUAG